AUGCUGCGAAUUGAGGAUCUUACACUCGCCAUCGAGUGCGCUGAGCCAUAUGUGUUUGAUUUUAAAAUAUUUUUUACGAUGUCUCGAUUAGAUUUGGUUAUUUUUGGAGCCACCGGUUUUACGGGAAAGCAUGCUGUAAUGGAAUGUGCUAGAAUUGCCAAGAAAAAUCCAAGCCUUACAUGGGGUAUUGCCGGUAGAUCACAGUCUAAACUUGAUGCUUUGUUGGAGGAGGCGUCAAAGGAGACUGGCGUGGACCUGUCCGCGAUCCCCGUGAUGUUGGCGGACGUGGGCGACGAGGACUCGCUGCGCGCGAUGUGCCAACGGGCCAAGGUGCUGGUGAACUGCUGCGGCCCCUACAGGCUAUACGGGGAGCCGGUGGUGAGCGCGGCGGUGCGGUGCGGCGCGCACUACGUCGACGUCAGCGGCGAGCCCCAGUUCCUCGAGUCGAUGCAGUUACGUUACGACAGCGCCGCCCGCGACGCUGGCGUCUUCGUCAUCUGCGCCUGCGGCUUCGACAGUAUCCCCAACGACAUGGGGGUCGUCUUCCUCCAGCAGAACUUCGAUGGUACCCUGAACUCUGUCGAGUCGUACCUGUCUACUGAGCUGCCGCCUCAGUAUCAGGCGGCCGCCAGGCGCGGCGGAGUCAUCAACUACGGCACAUGGGCCUCCCUCGUCUACGGGCUGGCGAACUACCACGAGCUUAAGACACUCCGGAAACAAUUGUUCCCCGAUCGCCUCCCAGCUCUGAAGCCGAAGCUCGAAAAGAAGCGGUGCGUGCACUUCCGCGACGGCCGCUGGUGCGUGCCGUUCCCCGGCUCGGACGCGUCGGUGGUGUUCCGCACGCAGCGGCGCUCGCGCGCGCGGCCCGUGCAGUUCCGCGCCUACCUCCGGCUGCCGGGCGCGUGGGCGGCGCCGCUCGUUUGGUUCUGCGCGCUGGCGCUGUACCUGCUGGCGCGCUGCGGGCCGGGCCGCCGCUGGCUGCUCUCGCGGCCGCGCCUCUGCUCGCUGGGCCUCGUGGGCCGCGGCGGGCUGGAGCGGCCCGUCACCGAGAACACGCGCUUCGGCUUCGCGCUGCACGGCGCCGGCUGGCCGCAAGGCGUAGACCCCGAUUCUGAGCUGCCCACCAAGACGCUCACCGCCAAGGUGUCGGGAUCGAACCCGGGCUACGGCGCGACGGUGGUGGCCUUGCUGCACUCCGCACUCACCAUCCUCGACGAGAGGGACAAGAUGCCCGAGAGGGGCGGGGUGGUGACCACCGGCUUCGCCUUCGGAAACACGGGCCUGGUGCGGCGGCUGAACGAGAACGGCCUGCGCUUCGAGAUAGUCGAGGAG